UCAGGCUGUGGGGUGGGGAGGGGUGCACAGUUGAGGGCAGUGUGAGAGGUUGGGGGAAAAAAAAGGAACAAGCAGUGAGACUACAUAGAGGGUGUGCGAGAUCCAAAAUCCCAGGAGGACGAGACCCCACAUCCACAUGUAGGAGCGUAGGAUGACAGGCUGAAGGUGCGAAUACGUCGGCUGAUAAAUCAGGGGUAUUUUGGAGCAUCUAACCGGGCCGUGAGUUGGUUUAGAGGAAGUGCCAGGCCAGCUUUGGGGUGUUGGAAGACGAGAUGGAGAAGUUUCAAGCUGCCAUGGUGCUGGGGGGUGUGGGUGACGCGCUGGGUUACCGCAAAGGCUGCUGGGAAAGCUCCACCUCCGGUGUGGAGAUCCAGAAGGAGCUGGCGUCGCUCGGGAAUCUCGAGGCCCUAAGGCUGGAUGCCGAAAAUUGGCCCCUGAGCGACAGGACAUUGAUGCACAUGAAAACCGCCGAAGCCCUCGUUACAGACUUCUGGUGUCUCGAUGACCUGUAUCGGGAACUGGUACGCCUGUACGUGGAGGCCAUGGUGUCCCUGCAGGGACGGGCCCCGGACCCCAGUACCAUAGAGGGCUGCUCCCAACUCAAGCCAAACAACUUCCUGCUUGCUUGGCACACACCUUUUAAUGAAAAAGGGUCAGGCUGCGGGGCAGCCACCAAGGCCAUGUGCGUGGGCAUGAGGUACUGGCAACCGGAGAGGCUGGACAACCUGGUGGAGGUCGCCGUGGAGACAGGGCGCAUGACGCACAACCAUCCCACUGGUUUCCUCGGCUCGUUGUGCACGGCGGUAUUCGCUUCCUACGCCGUACAGGGCAAGCCGCUGGCCCGCUGGGGCCGUGACUUCAUGAAGGUUGUCCCCAAGGCAGAGGAGUACUGCAGGAAGACGAUUCGACACAUGGCUGAGUACCAGGAGAAGUGGUUCUACUUUGAGGCAAAGUGGCAGUUUUACCUGGAGGAGCGCGGUAUCAAGGAAGAGAACCAGGACAAGCCACAGUUUCCUGGCCGCUACGACCCCGUGGAGAUGGACAAGGCAUACAAGCGCUGGAGCUCAGAGGGAAGGGCAGGACACCGGGGCCAUGAUGCCCCCAUGAUUGCCUACGAUGCCCUUUUGGCCUCCGGGUCCGACUGGACCGAGCUCUGCAGGAGGGCAAUGUUCCAUGGAGGGGAGGGCGGAGCCACCGGUUCCAUUGCAGGAUGCCUGUACGGACUGCUCUAUGGGCUGAACCAGGUUCCCGUUGGACUGCACCAGAACCUGGAGAAACGGGAGCAGCUAGAAGAGCUGGGGGAAAAGCUGUACAAGGCCGCCGCGGCAGAGAAACAACUCAUGCAGGCCACCCUCACUGACACCAGCUUCACACUGGAAAUACGUGCACUGAAGCGAGUGGUUCAUAGCUGGAUGUCUCACCCAAGUAUUAAAGACAUUCUGGUAAAUCUACUGGACUACCUGACUCAGCACCCAAACAGACCCCAGAGGCAAGUGGGAGGGAUGUUUGCAUGGCAUGGCAGUCGACCAGUAGGGGGCAACAGCAGCAGGCAUCUUACAGCUUUCCAGCUUCUACGGGCCAAGUUUCUGAGAGAAAAUCCCCAACCCCAGGUGUCCCAGACCCGAGAGGUGGGGGUACUUGUAUUCCAGGGAUACCGUGGUCACAAGAUGAAGGAGAGGGUCCCAGGCAGAGGGUAUAGGCUCAGCGGUGCCCCCCAGAGGAUGAUAUGCACUGAGAGACUGCAGGCAGCUUCAGCUCAAAGGGGUGGUACUGUUCUAAAGAUGGUGGCAAAGUUUUCGGCUGCCGAACAGAAGGAGCAUCAAAGGAUGGCAAGUAUAAAGAACAUUUGCAGUAGGACGAACAUCUCUGAGAAAAAGCUGGAGCAGCAGGUGGAAGAUAAAGAUGUGGGGGAAGGAUCAGAUGGUCAGAGGUCAGGGGAGGAAGUAAGACUGAAUGCAAGGAAACCAUUUUUUUCUGAUUCAGUGCUUGAACCUCAGUAUGAACCACAGAACAAGAAGGAUCCUUUGAUACUUGCUGCCUGGAUCCCCACGAGCUCAGGAUCUUCUGAGUGUGAGACUCAAGGGUCAUGCUCAUCUCCAUCUUCGUCUACUGCCCACAUGAAGUUGCCAGCUGGCCUCAGACUACAAGAACCUCCAUCUUGGACAAAUUCUCCCUGCUCCAUAACUAUCACAGGAACUGUCCCUUGUUACCCAAUACCCAUCUGCCAGAGCCCACCUCUGUUCCAAACUAAGAAGCAGAACCUCCCCAAGUAUGCAUUUCCAAGAGCAUGUGGAUCUGCGGCUCUGGAUCAGGACAGUGCAAGUCGAGAUGUUCAGAUUGAUGACCCUGGAUGCUCAACUCUUCCGGACAAUAUCAAGACUGCAUCCUGUUACAAGGGGAAGUUUCUGCCUGCCUCUUCAGACCUCAUACAUGCUAAAAGUGAGCCCAAAGCAGACCCCGAGCAAUCUAUUACCCAUGAGUCCUCGCUUCCAUCUCUGACCUCUGAACUCACUCCAAGCCUUAUUCCUCUGGUUUCCGAAUCCUUGGCUCCCAGCACCUCGUCCUCAAGACUGUCCCCUUUAGAGUCCCUUCUUUCACUUGACUGGCCAGUUCAAAGCUUGCAGGAAGUAUCACUUUCAGGGGGGAGGGGGACAGGAGCAGCUGACCUAGUAAGCAGUCAAGAGCCACAUGGCAGUGCUACCACUGCUGACAUUCAGUUGAUCGGCAGCUUUACGACUCAUUUGGAUGCGGGCGUCUCUCAAAUUGGCAGUGAGGCAUUGUGGGAUAGCAAGCCUCCAGCAAGGCACUCGAACUGUCAGGAGAAACUCACCCAGUACCAACACUCAGAUGUGGACAAGUACAGGACCCGGAACUACAGCGAUACCUUUGUAAAAACACCUUUCAAACCAAAAAUCAUCCGUUCCUUCGACACGUACAUGUUCUAAACCCUAUGCCAUCUUCUCAUGCACACAAACACAUGACUGUAGUGUAAUGUAGAUCAAUAUCUUGCAUGUUAAUGCCCAUCAGUCAACUAGACCUACAUUAAAGGGAUGGGUCUCCCUGCACCUGUAAUAAUGAUAAUGAUAAUUAUGCAUUGGUAAGUUUGACAAAAUGCGAUCUUCUGGCGCCAAAGCCAGGGGCUGAGUAACUCAACCUGCCCUUACUGUGGGCCAAACGUCUUAUUACUGCUGACACUUUGCAUCUGUUGGGUGAUGCUGGCAUGGAUAUCUCUCUUUAGAGCUAAAUGGCAUUACUGUGGAUGUCAUUAUUUUCCCAAAUACCAGCAGCUCUCCGACUUCGAAGGUUGAACUUCUCCUUUUUGACCUCUUUGCUUCUGCUAUCUGAAAACAUCCAUGGUGAAGUGGUGACCAACCUUUCUCAAAUGGGCAGAAUCUCCCAGCCACUAAUUACACAAAAUAUAGCAACAAAGCUUGUUAUUGUAAUUGAGUG